GUGACCAGAAUCAAAUCUGCUUUGGGCGCGGACUGGAGCGUGGGCUAGAGUGGAGGAGGAUUUCCUUCAAGACGCGUUGUUUACCUCCGAGAAAACUCUGGCAUUAUGAGCGUGGAAAGCGGGAUCGUGGGGCCUUCUGUGGCCGUCACGUCCAUGGUAGUGUUCGGCAUGAUCAGCAGAACGUUUUUGAGGCUUCCCAUGCCGAGAAGUGUGCGGAACCCCUGGAAGUGGACCAACACUUUCGUGUCGCUCGUCCACAGCUCGCUGACGGGUCUUGGCGCUCUGCUGUGUUUUUACCUUGCACCAGACAUGACCAAAGACUUGAUCACACCUGUUACUAUGCCCUCCCAUCUACUGGUGUCAUUGUCUACAGGUUAUUUUAUGUACGAUGUCCUAGAUUUGUUUGUAAGCAAGAAGGCAAUGUCUCACUGGGAGCUUGUUCUUCAUCACAUCACGGUCAUAUCAUGCUUUGGUUGUGCUGUCGUCACCAAGCUGUACACUGGGUUUGCUCUGGUGGCCCUGACUAUAGAACUCAGCAGUGCGUUCCUACACAUUCGACAACUCUUACACAUGGGCGGCGUCAGCAAACGGAACGUUAUAUACCGUACAAACAGCAUGAUCAACAUCGGGAUGUACAUCUUGUUCCGGAUCUGUACGCUAGCGUGGAUGACGAGAUGGAUCGUCAUCAAUCGCGACGCAGUUCCCAUCAUUCCCUUCACUCUCGGAAGUGUUGGCCUUGCGAUCAUGACCAUCAUCAACGUCUUCCUGUUUUUCCGCCUGCUGAGAAGCGACUUUUUGCAAAAGAAGCCAAAACACAAAGACUGGUUCUCUGAGUAGGACAGUUCUCUCCUUUGAUUUUGAUAUAAAGAGAUAUAUUCCUCAGCUUUCUAUGCAUUUGUACACUCAUUAGUAAACAAAUUGUGAAUGU